GAGCUGCUGCGGGAGAUCGAGGAGCUGCGCUCGGAGAACGACUAUCUCAAGGAUGAACUGGAUGAACUCCGCGCUGAAAUGGAGGAGAUGAGAGACAGUUACUUAGAGGAAGAUGUUUACCAGCUGCAGGAGCUUCGGCGAGAGCUGGACCGCGCUCAUAAAAACUGCCGAAUCCUGCAGUACCGCCUCAGGAAAGCCGAGCAGAAGAGCCUGAAAGUGGCUGAGACUGGUCAGGUAGAUGGCGAGCUCAUCCGGAGUCUGGAACAGGACUUAAAGGUAGCCAAAGAUGUGUCUGUCAGAUUGCAUCAUGAACUUGAAACUGUGGAGGAAAAGCGUGCUAAAGCUGAGGAUGAAAACGAAAGUCUCCGACAGCAGAUGAUUGAAGUGGAAAUAUCCAAACAAGCCCUCCAGAAUGAGCUGGAGAGACUGAAAGAGAGUUCCCUGAAAAGAAGAGGCAGCCGGGAAAUGUACAAAGAAAAGAAAACCCUUAACCAGGAUGACAGUGCUGAUUUGAAGUGUCAGCUUCAGUUUGCCAAAGAGGAAGGCUCCCUGAUGCGUAAGAAGAUGGCCAAGCUGGGGAGGGAGAAGGACGAGCUGGAACAGGAGCUCCAGAAGUACAAGGCCCUAUACGGAGACGUGGACAGCCCUCUCCCCACGGGGGAAGCAGGCGGGCCGCCCAGCACCAGGGAGGCCGAGCUGAAGCUGCGGUUGAAGUUGGUGGAGGAAGAGGCCAACAUCUUGGGCCGGAAGAUCGUGGAGCUGGAGGUGGAGAACCGAGGCCUCAAAGCGGAGAUGGAGGACCUGCGGGUCCAGUAUGAGCGAGAGGGUACAGGCCGGGACCACAUGGCAAGCAUUCCUACCUCACCCUUUGGUGACUCCCUGGAGUCCUCGACGGAGCUCCGCCGGCACCUGCAGUUCGUGGAGGAGGAAGCGGAGCUGCUCCGGAGGUCCAUAUCCGAGAUCGAAGACCACAACCGGCAGCUGACGCAUGAGCUGAGCAAGUUCAAAUUUGAACCCCGGCCGGAGCCAGGGUGGCUGGCGGAGGGCACGGGCAAGGGUGCGGCCAGCGGGGCCCCUCUGCAGGAGGAGCUCAAGUCGGCGCGGCUGCAGAUCAACGAGCUGAGUGGGAAGGUGCUGAAGCUGCAGUAUGAGAACCGGGUGCUGCUGUCCAACGUGCAGCGCUAUGACCUGGCCGCCCACCUGGGCCUGCGCGCCCCGAGCCCCCGGGACAGCGAUGCGGACAGCGACCAGGGCAAGAAGGAGAGCGACGGGGAGGAAGGCCGCCAGCCCCAGCCCAAGCGGGAGGGCCCUAUUGGCGGUGAGAGCGACUCAGAGGAGAUGUUCGAGAAGACGUCGGGCUUUGGCAGCGGAAAGCCGUCGGAGGCAAGCGAGCCAUGUCCGGCCGAGCUCCUGCAGGUCAGGGAGGACACCGAGUGCCUGGCAAGCAUAAAGCACGAGGCUGAGCGGCUCGAGCGGACCGUGGAGCGCCUCAUCACGGACACCGCUGGCUUCGGCGACAACAUGGGGCUGCGGGGCAGUGGCGAGGCCUCACUGGGGCCUGACGCCCAGGGGGCAGGGGAGACGGACGAGACAGGCAAGAAGGAGCCCCCACUGCUGGGGACCAUCAACUCGAGGAUGAAGGCUUUUAGGAAGGAGCUGCAGGCCUUCCUGGAGCAGGUGAACAGGCUCGGGGAUGGCCUGAGGGAGCGCCUGGAAGACCUGUCCCCCUUGCCCCACCUCACAGAAUCUUCCAGCUUUCUCUCCACUGUGACCUCCGUGUCCCGGGACUCCCCGGUCGGGACCCUGGGGAAGGAGCUGGUCCCAGACCUGCAGUCCAAACUGAGAGGUCAGCCGGAGUGGCAGCCGGGGCAGGAGCACGGGGAUGAGCCAGAGCCGCUGCACCGCCGAGCCGACGGGGACGCUGGGAGCUGCCGGCUGGGAGGCCAGAGCUGCUUCAGUCUCGAGCUCUCAGGGCCCCCUGUUUUACCUGAACAGAGUGUACCGCUAGAGGAGCUGCAGGGUCAGCUUGCACAGGCGACCAGACUGCAUCAAGAGGAGACAGAGAAAUUUACAAACACGAUUCGGAAGAUGGAGGAGGAGCACCUCUAUGCCUUGAGAUGGAAAGAACUAGAAAUGCACAGCCUGGCUUUGCAGAACACCCUCCAUGAGCGAACCUGGAGCGACGAGAGGAAUCUGAUGCAGCAGGAGCUCCGGUCCUUGAAGCAGAACAUUUUCCUUUUCUACGUCAAACUCAGGUGGCUGCUAAAGCACUGGCGGCAGGGGAAGCCGAUGGAGGAGGAAGGCGAGGAUUUCACUGAGAGGGAGCAUCCAGAGACCCUCCCCAGGCUGGGUGAGCUUGGAGUUCAGGGGGACCCGAAGGGGGACGGCCCAGACCGAGAUGACAAUGGUCCAGGCUGUGGCUUUUCAAUGGGAGAGCAUUCUCCACACUCCCCUGUGCAGAUUGGUGACCACGGAUCGAGGCUGCAGCCUGUGCACGGGGGACAGCUCCACAAGCAGGUGGUGGAAAACCAGCAGCUGUUUGGGGCACUCAAGAGCCUGCUGGAGGACCUGCGCGCCGAGCUGCGGGAGGACGAGCAUGCGCGGCGGCAGCUGCAGCAGCAGUAUGCCAGUGACAAGGCUGCCUGGGACGUGGAGUGGGCCGCGCUCAAGUGCCGCCUGGAACAGCUGGAAGAGAAGACUGAGAAGAACUUGGGAGAAGUAGGCGCUUCCACUGACAGCAAAGGAGCAUUCAAGAAGGAGAGGGAGACGCACCAGAAGCUCCUCGCCGACAGUCACGGCCUGGUCAUGGACCUGCGCUGGCAGAUCCAUCACAGCGAGAAGAACUGGAACCGGGAGAAGGUGGAAAUUCUCGACCGGCUGGACAGAGACCGGCAGGAGUGGGAACAGCAGAAGAAGGAGCUCUUGUGCAGAAUAGAGCAGUUGCAGAAAGAAAACAGUCCCCGGAGAAGUGGCAGUUUCCCCUGUGAUCAAAAGGAAGGCAACAUCCGCCCCUUUGCCCACCCGGGAAGCCCCCGAAUGCCCCGUCCCUUGGAGAUGUGGCCCUGUGCAGACACCGACUCCACCCCGUUUGAAGACCGGCCGCUGUCCAAGCUGAAGGAAUCGGACAGGUGUUCAGCACGGGAAAACCUCUACUUGGACGCCUUGUCUCUAGAUGAUGAACCAGAGGACCCUCCAGCCCGAGGGCCCCAGCGGGAGUUCAGGAACUGCCUCCCCCAGGAAGAAGAAAAUCACAAGGGAAAUCUUCAAAGGGCUGUGUCUGUGUCCUCCAUGUCUGAGUUCCAGCGUCUGAUGGACGUCUCUCCCUUCCUGCCGGAGAAGGGCCUGCCGGCUGCCAGCAACAAGGAGGACGUCACCCCGCCCCUGUCUCCAGACGACCUGAAGUACAUUGAGGAGUUCAACAGCAAGAGCUGGGACGAGAGGCCCUCAGAGCCCUGGGCAGACAGGACCGAGGGAGGGCUGGCAGGGGAUGAGGCCAGUGCCGAGCCUUUCCCCGACUCUUCCUGGUACCUCACCACGAGUGUCACCAUGACCACGGACACUGUGACCAGCCCAGAGCACUGCCAGAAGCAGCCCCUACGGAGCCACGUGUGCACCGAGCAGGCCGGGGUGCGGCUGCUGCACAGCCCGCCCGCCGUCCGCAGGCUGGACAGCAUUGUGGUGGCAGGGGGUGAGGGCAAGGGCCGGUCAGAGCCCGAGUGCCAGUUUCCCACAAGCAGAGCCAGGGUGGGCGCUGGAGACACAAAGGGGGUUCCCUCAGAACAUGUGCUUAGCAGGUGGCCUUGUGCCCCCUCCAGACACCCCCGAGACUAUGUGGAGGGAGGGCUGCGCCCCCUCGAAAGUGCCCUCUGCACCCCCCUGGGGUUUGCCUCCCCACUACACAGCCUGCAGAUGGCCAAGAACAUGAGUGAUGACAUGAAGGAGGUGGCCUUCUCUGUCAGGAAUGCCAUAUGCUCUGGUCCCGCCAAGCCUCCACUCAAGGACAUGGCCUGCCAGACCAAUGGGUCCCGGACAACGGGGACACAGACCGUUCAGACCAUCAACAUUGGCCUGCAGACCGAAGCCCUGCGUGGCAGCGCCGUCACCAGCAGCCCCCACAAGUGUCUCACGCCAAAGGCAGGGGGUGGUGCCACGCCCGCGUCAUCUCCUUCCCGCGGCCUUAGGAGCAGGCAGGUGGCCCCCGCCAUCGAGAAGGUGCAGGCCAAGUUUGAGCGCACAUGCUGCUCCCCCAAGUAUGGGUCUCCCAAGCUGCAGAGGAAGCCCCUCCCCAAAGUCGAGCAGCCAAAUAGCAGGACCUCCCUGGGGCUGGCCCCAAAGGGGUGCAGCGAGUCGGCCUGGGCCCGCUCCACCACUACACGAGAGAGCCCCGUGCACACCGCCAUCAACGAUGGCCUCUCCAGCCUCUUCAACAUCAUCGACCACAGCCCCGUGGUACAGGACCCCUUCCAGAAGGGAACGCGGGCUGGGAGUCGGUCUCGCUCAGCAGAACCUCGGCCGGAUCUGGGCCCAGGCCAGGAAACCAGCCCCAGUUCCCGGGGACGGUCCCCCAGCCCCAUCGGGGCUGGCUCAGAGACGUGGAGGGAGGAAGGGGGAGAAGGCACGCCCUUGAGGCAGGACUUAUCUGCUCCCCCUGGUUACACGCUCACUGAGAAUGUAGCCCGGAUCCUCAACAAGAAGCUGUUGGAGCAUGCCUUAAAGGAGGAGAGGAGGCAGGCCCCCCACGGGCCCCCAAGUCUUAACAGUGACAGCCACAUGGGAGAAACAGUCAAAGCUGAACCAGGGUCCAUCGAGAACCAAACUGUCUUACUAACUGCCCCAUGGGGACUCUAG